GCCCCCUUUUGCCAACUGUCGUAAACAUUCAGAUCGGAACACGGCAGGAUAGAAACGUGUGAAUCAACAGAUAUGAAUGUCUCAAGUCAAAUUUAAAGUAAAAUGAACGAGUUAAUUAGGAAGUAUGCUGCUGGAAGCUCAGUCAGGCAGUUCGGAGGUAUCUAUCGUCUAGUUGUGUUGAGUUAAAGCCGCUGACAUGUUUUUGGCAGCUUGUAGGAAGAGCUGUGCUAGAGGACAGAUACACAGACUGACAGUCAGCACUGCUGCCAGCUGCCACGACAAAACACCUGCAAACUCACCGCUGAGAAACACUACAUCCCAGCUGAAGAGCAGAUUCUGGAGCUCCUCUCCUCUGGAGCUUCACAGAACGGUCACUCAGAGAUCAGAACAUCUCUUCUCAGUUAGAUGUGGAUCAAGAGCAUCUAAGCAUCACUGCAAGCUUCAUCUGCUGCUGUGUGGCACAAACAGGUUUUGUACUGAAGCAUCUAGAAAACCAGGUUUGGAAGUGAGAUCAUCUGAAAAGGAUGAAGAUCAAACAGCCUCUUCACUUGCAGCUAAUAAAGAGGGACAUUUCCAGUUUGAAGAGCUGUAUGAGAAUCCAUGGACAAUCCCUAAUUACCUGUGUAUUGCCCGGAUCGUUCUGUCUCCUGUCCUGGGAUACUUAAUCAUGGAGCAGUACUUCCACGUCUCUCUGGGGCUUUUUGUUCUGGCUGGAGCAACAGACUUGUUAGAUGGCUACAUUGCACGUAACUGGCCCAAUCAGAAGUCAGCUCUGGGCAGCGCUCUAGAUCCAUUGGCUGAUAAGAUUCUCAUCAGUGUUCUUUAUAUCAGUCUGACAUAUGCACAACUCAUCCCAGCUCCACUCACAGCACUGAUCAUUUCCAGAGAUGUUGCUCUGAUUGCUGCUGUUUUCUAUGUGCGCUAUAAAACAGUUCCACCGCCAGUAACACUCAGUAAAUUCUUCAACCCGUGUUACACCACUGCCCGGCUGAAGCCAACACUCAUCAGCAAGAUGAACACGGGUGUGCAGUUGUUUCUGGUGGCGGCGUCUCUGGCUGCGCCGGUGUUUCACUACACUGACAGUGUUUUACUGCGGUCACUGUGGUACAUCACCGCUCUGACGACCGCAGCAUCCGGUUACAGCUACUAUCAUUACGGUAAAAAGACCGUUGAGGUGCUGAACAACACAAAGUAGUUGACAGUCAUCUGAGAUUGAGCUUUGACCAAGACAUUGGGAUAAUCAGUGUUUGUGCACAGGGGAAAUUAAUCGUACUUUUGUAAUCAAGACACUCUAGUCUGUCAGAAACUUGUUUGAUUGUUUUUUGAUUACAGUAUUAAAUCCAAGCGCUGUCAUUUUUUAUUAGCAUGUUGUUUUUUAACUCCACGGGAAAAUUAAACAUUACUUUUAAUGAACUUUGGGUCGGUUUUCUGAAUAAAAAUUAACAUAAGAUGAA